UCAAUGUGGUCCAUCGGUAUUUCUGCAGGAAGUCCGUUGAAGAUCUUCCUCUGCACCAGACCUAUCAAGGCGGGCUUGAUCUCAAAGUCUUGUCUAGUGCAAGGUGGAGGGUUGAUGGCGGAUCGCGUAGCAGGUAGAUUACGCAAGAGAUUCCUUUGGCCAAUCUGAUCAACUUCCUCCGGUGCAUUCCGUUGGUUUGCAGCGUUCGCUUGGAUAGUUUGCUGCAUCUGCUGCAUCUGUUGUUGCAUGAGUGCAAACGCAGCAGUAAGAUCAUCCUGAUGAUCACCCAUGUUGGUGCUUGUAGGUCUAGGCAGUUGACGGUUCUGACGUUCUAAUCUCGCUAGUUCUUCGUUGGUAAGCUGAUGCAAUGGUCCUUGGGCGUUGCUCCGAGUAUGUCUACUGGUCAUGCACCUGGAUCAUUAGCUGUGACAAAGAAACAGAGGCGAGUUAGAUAUCUUAGACUUAAAAUGAAACCGAAAAGUAGAGGUAAAAAAAUCUGGUCCCCGUCGCAACGGCGCCAAAACUUGAUACACUAAAUAUGAAUCUUUGCUACUGCCAAGUUAACAGUUGUGAUUAUAGUACUUUAGAUUCAAUCCAGAGGACCAGUCUACACUUUACUCUUAUAAAUCUCAAUAUCAAGCUAAGAAGAAAAUGGUUUUCAAUUCAAUUGGUGGCGCAGAAAACAAGUAAACUAGAGGUUGAUUCAAUUUAACAAGAAGCUAGCCUAGGGUAUUUCAUUGGGUGUUGAGCGAGAGCCAAACAAUUAUUCAAGCGCGGUGCAGUGCUUUCUAGAACUCGGAUCACUCAGCUGGAACACCCCACUGUCGUGGUGGUGAUCUCUUUGCUGGUCGGUCCCAUCAUCUAACUGUCGUUGAGAUGAGAAACGACUGCAAGCCUUAGAGGACAGGUCCGAUCAGUUCACUUACUACCCUAAUAUCUACUUUCGCUGAUUAGGGAUACUAAGCUCAUUCAAUACAUGUCAAGCUAUCUCCUAAGCGGUUAGCUAGGCGAUAAACUUAGGAUCUAACAUCAAGUGAUCAGAUUAAUGAAAGCUUUAUGAAUAGUAUGGAUGAAGAAUAAUCAAGAAUAGCUUAUCUAUGUUUAGCUCAUAUUUCAACACCCUAAAAACCCUAGGCGAGCUAGAUCACUACUCAAUCAUGAUGCAAGAAAUCAAAGACAUAGAUCCUGAAUGAAACUGCAUAAUAAUAAGAGUAGUAAACAAGGGUUCAGAAGGUCUUCUCUAUGAGAGAAUGGAUUCUUCUCCCUUACAAGUUGCAGAUCGCAAAAGCUAAUAGUUCUCUUGUAAAAAACUAGCGUAAGAAAUAAAAUAGGAUAGAUGGCGUCUUUAUAUGGAGGCGCCAAUAGGUAGAAAAGAAAUUAGGGCAACAAGGCCUUAAUUCCCGAAAAUAGAAGCUUCCUUAUUUGUCGGGAACAACCUCGGGAUCACUCCGUAUGCUUGUUCUGCUAGAGAACAGUCUCGGGACUGUUCGUCUUGAGUGUUCUCCGCAAAAUGUUCCAAAAGGACAGCUUCUCUUCAAGCAUGCUCUCUUCAUUCUUCUACCAACUCCAGACCUGUAAAAGAUCAAAAAGGACUAGACUGACUCGGAUUAUGGACUCGAAUCAAUACAAAAACACCUAUACAAUGAUGUGAAAAACACCAUAUAUCAGCAAUCAAUCAAGACGGCCCAGUAAUCCCACCUUCUACUCUUCACUUCUUAAUAUAUAAAGUAGACUUGGCUAUGUCUAUAGGGAGAAUCAUGCCCAGAGGCGGCCCUUGGGUCAAGCCAAGGAAGCCGUGGCUUCCGGCCGCUUUAUAAUAAAUUAAUUUUCGGCCACAUAUUUUCAAAAGUUUCACUAGGUCUAGUGGUAAAAUCUCAAGUUUACAAACUCCCUUACCCCAACCUGUGUUCGAUUCCCCAGUAAAGCGGCCAAUUUUUUAGAAUUGCUUCUGGUCUUAUAUUUUAUAGGACCGGCACUGAUCAUGCCAUGUGGCAUAAUUUAUUUAUUUUAUUAAGUUUUGAUAGGUUUUAGUUCAAUUCUUUAAAACAAACAUUUUUGGGCUGGAUUGGUUUCUCGUCAAAUCUUCUCCAUCGAUAUUCAAUCGCAAGAGGUUAUCUAACCUAACCUGAAACCUAUCGUUCAAAAUUACUAUAACAUAUAUUAUUGUAUAAAAAUUCGGCGCGUAGCUCCGGAUACCCCUAAUUAUUGAAUAUAGAGUAGAAUCUAUUUCUAAUCAUACCUAUUUUAUUUUUAAUAAACAGUUAUUAUUAAAAAAAAUAUUUAUUUAUAUUUAGAGUUCUUUUAUUUUGCGGACAAAAAUAGCAAAAUACAUUGGAUUGGAUGUGUUAGUAUCAAUAUAUAUUUGAUAUAUUUAGAAAAAAUGGAGAAAACAUGUAUUUUAGUGGUUUUGGUUUUGCAUUAGUAUAGUCGUCGCGUUACAAUUUUCAUAUUAUUAUUUUUGAAAUGUUAAAAUUUUCAUGUAGCUAGCAUGCAUGCUAUGAAAGUUGAGAGAAUUGCGUAGACGAAUUAAUUAAUAUUCUGCAUCACCUAAUAAUUGCAACCUAAAAGCAAAUUUCAAUUAAUUCAACGUAACCUAAUCCUAUAAAAAGUAUACAUUCAGCUUUCAGAGUCAGUACUGGUCAAAAAGUAUAAUUUAAAAUUAUGUAUAUAUGUGUAUUGUAUAGGUUAAAGAAGGUACAUGGUUGUUGACACAUAUUAACUAAUAAUAUUCAAUCUGGCUUUAUAUGUCAAUGGAGCAAGCCGUCUCCUAUAUAUUUUUUUUACUAAACAAAGAUCGUGAAAUUAAGAUUAUGAAUAAGUUUUGCUUGAAACAUUAAAAAAAAUAUACACACCCAAACCUAUUCCAUCACUUCAACAACUAAACUGACAUGCAUGCAUAUAUAUCCUACAUGCAAGACUUAGGAUUCAUUAUCCUCAGAAUAUCUAGUUUCUCCUUUGAAUAUUUUCCAAAUUCAACUUGCAAGGUCAACCCUAAUUUUUAGUCUUCUUCUGAGUCUCAGUUAUUUCCUAUGGAUAUCGAAAAGGCAGGGAGCAGAAGAGAAGAAGAAGAACCCAUUGUCCAAAAGCCAAAGCUAGACAAAGGAAAAGGCAAAGCUCAUGUGUUUGCUCCUCCCAUGAACUACAGUCGAAUUAUGGAAAAACAUAAGCAAGAAAAGGUGAGCAUGCCUGGGUGGAAAAGAGGCGUGGCUAUCGUCGAUUUUGUUCUUAGACUCAUUGCAGCCAUCACGGCCAUGGCCGCUGCAGCAAAGAUGGCAACCACGGAAGAGACUCUCCCUUUCUUUACUCAGUUUUUGCAGUUCAGUGCUGACUACACCGAUCUACCAACGCUUUCAUCUUUUGUUGUAGUAAACUCAAUCGUGGGCGGCUACCUAACCCUAUCAUUGCCUUUUUCCAUUGUCUGUAUCCUCCGGCCUCUCGCAGUGCCACCUAGGCUCUUCCUCGUCUUAUGUGACACGGCGAUGAUGGGCCUCACUAUGAUAGCGGCAUCUGCUUCUGCAGCCAUAGUUUAUUUGGCGCACAAUGGGAAUUCAAGCUCGAACUGGCUUCCCGUUUGCCAGCAGUUCGGUGACUUUUGCCAAGGAACCAGCGGCGCCGUGGUGGCUUCCUUCAUUGCAGCAGCUCUUCUCAUGGUCCUCGUCAUUCUCUCUGCGUUUGCUCUCAAGAGAUCGACGUGAAAAUUUGUAUUUGUGCCUAUUAAAUUCCUGUGUGCUCUGAUAUUCAUUUGUGUGAAUUUGAAAAGAGUAAGAUAUAUGAUUUGGUUUUUGUUAAGUUGUGUAACUCGGGUUUGUAUUGUGAACUGUGUUGUAAAUCAAUCAACUCACAAAAAGAAUGAUAAUCAUUAAUCUCGUACUCCGCGUUUUUGACGUCCUAUUUAGAGGCACUUUUGGCCAGGCAGUCGUCAGGUUGAAACAUCUUCACCAUGUUUAAAUUCACAGAGUUAGAAGCUUGCCAGAGUUGUCAAAACCGCACUUAGGUUCUGGUUUAAAAACUUGUGUAGCCUAGCGAAUAAAGAUAAAGAAUCAUACACAUAUUUUACAAAAAAAAUUCCACUUGUACGGAAUAGAUAAUUGAUGGUUCACCAAUUACUAUGUUUUAAAUGACGCAAGGCGCUCCUAGUCGAUCAGAGAUGGGCUAUGUAAUGAAGGUCAAUAAUAAAUGAUAAUAUAAAUCAUGUUAAAUGAAAACUGAUAUUAAAAACGUUUUCAUAAAUAGAUAUGGAGUCGAGAUACUUUUCUUUUCCUAACUCUAAAUAUGAUACAAUCAUGUAAUACGAUUCAUACAUCACUUGUUAAGGUCUCUGCAAACUAAGAUUCUACGAAACACUUUCUAAAAUUUAUGCUGAGAGAUUUGCUAGUUUUCUUGUGCAAAAUGUGAGUAGUGAAUGAGGAGGAGACGAGUUAUUUAAAAAGGAGAAGAGGAGCUGAUUUUCGAAACUAUUGCAGCACGUUAGCGAAAAUCUCUCAGAAAUAUCGGGAGUGGAAUAAAUAUCGGGAGUGGAAUAUUGAGAAACUUUCUCCACAAAUUAUCCCAUCUAUUGACUCGUUAUGAUCUUUGGCGAACAAAUAUACUUCAUGUCGUUUUUAGACAAACUAUGUGUCUUUUAAACACAAACAUCAUGCUAUUUUGGUUCGAACAUGAGCUAAAAAUUGAAACUAAUUUCCCCAAAAAGAACUUAUUCCUAUGGCCCUUCACCAAGAUCCACGCCCACGUCCACACCGAGCCGGACGGCGGCGGCAGCGUGUGCGUAAAGGGCUCGGCAGCGUGUGUGUGAGGGGCGAGCCGAGCCUGUCACCUUAAAGUUUUUGAUCAGCUUAACAUGUGAACACACACAUAUAUGACUCAAAUUGCUUUUUAUAAUAUGAUAGGUUUUUAUUAUUUAUUCAUUAAAGCCAAAGACUUUUAACUCAUGACCCGUACGGCGUUUCAUGUCACACUGUCACAAUUAUUUUUUAAGCUUAUUUAACUAAAAUAAUUGAUCCAACAAUCUCUUAUAUGAAUAAAAAUGACUCUAAAUGUAGACUAAAUACAAACUUGAUAAAUUACUAAAUACAAACUUGACUAAAUUCAUUGUUACUUCGAAUAUGUACUAUUGAAAAUUUUAUAUCGUAAUUUUAGGUUGAAAUAUUAUUAAGUGAAAAACAUCAUAUAUAAGCUUUAGGAAGAUAAAUCUUCUGAAUGAGAUGAUGAUCCUCAUGUGCUCUCACUCUCAGAUCAGAUAAUUUUUUCACAUUCCAUUGGUUUUUACUAUGGUUGAUCAGUGUUGUGAGAGGUGGAAAAAGAUUUGUAUAGUAGGAGCUUUUUGGUCCUUGAAAAGAUUUUGUUGAUGUGUUCUUUUUGUCGCAUGUCUCAACAACUAUUAAAAAACUUUUAGAUUUUUUAUUUAUUUUUGAUUAAAUAAAAAUAAAAAUUAUUUUCUAAUCAAGACAAGAGAAUUUUCUAAAAUUUCACCUAUAUAAACAAAAUCACUGAUUCUCUUUAAAUAUAUUGUAGGAUAAACAAAAUAAAUACAAAAAGAUGCAAGCAAAAUUAUCUAAUUAUUCGUAAAAAAGGGGUAAAAACUAAAAACAAUGCAGGGAAGAAUCGGUGGGCCGAAGCCUGAAGAAGAGAAAGCGAAAGGAUUUGAGAGUUGGGAGUCGCCGGCGGCAACAGGCAGAAAAUGCUGAAUCAUUUGCUCUAUCGCUCUCACACCCCUUCUCUCCUCUUCUCCAGAGCCUUCUCCUCCUCCUCCUCCUCCUCCUCUACGCUUUUCGUCAAAGGGAUAUCUUUCUCAAGCACAGAAGAAACAUUAACGCAAGCAUUUUCUCAAUAUGGUCGAGUCCUUGGAGGUCCGUCUCUUAGACCUCUACAGCAUUUGCGUUUCUUGACACACCUGCAUUUACAUAUCUCUUUGGUCUUCUUCAACUUUUUUUUGGUUGCUUCAGUGGAUGUGUUAAUGGACGAAGUCAGGUGUAGGCCAAAAGGGUUUGCUUAUGUCACAUUCUCUUCUAAAGAAGAAGCCGCAAAAGCUUUAUUAGAACUAAACGGACAGUUGGUAGACGGGAGGGUUGUGAUCCUCGACACAACGAAAGCGGUCAAACAGAAUCGACCAGACAGCAAGCCGAAGCAUGCAGUUGAAGAGGUUCCGAACAGCCAACACGUGGUUACUUCAGAAAGUUAGGCAACGUUUUACUGUUUUGGCAGCAGAAGAAAAAAAAAGACGAGAAAGCCUCUGACUUAUCAAGAGUCUAUGAUCAUGUGAAGUUACUCCAGGUCCAGGCUAACCUACAUUUACCUGAUAGUCUUUAAUUUUUGUGGAUGAUUGUGCUUCUUCUUUACCUCAUAUUUACUCGUUCUUCUCUUUUUCUCUGGACAAAUUUACUCUUUCUUCUUUUCACAAGUUUCUUCAUGUUUUGGCAUC